GGCCCCACCCGGCUCCUCCUCUUCCUCCCCCGCCCCGGGCGGCCGCCAUGGAGGCCGCGGGAGGCCUGGGCAGCCGGGCCGCGCCCUGAGGAGACAUAGCAGUGAGACAAAGGAAUCCGGACCAGAGGCAGAUCCAACACCAUGCAACCCAGUUGUAGUCAUUUCCACAAUUCCCCAGGAAACGGUGACGGUUCCUUGUCCGCUCAGAGUGCCCAUGCCACAAGACUGCCAGGAGAAGGCUCAUCCCACCAUGCUGGAGAUGUUCACAUCCAGCUAAACUCUGUUUUGGGAGAAGCUGGAGAAAAUCCUAGUUCCAGACACACAAGGUCAGGUUCCCAGAGCCACUCGCAUGGCCACUCCCACAAUGAGGCAAGGGGGCCUGAAGAAUCGUCCCUGGACUUUGAGGAACACAGUGGUAGCUCCCUCUCCGAGCUCAGAUACCUCUUCCAGUGGCUGCACAAAAGUCUUCCGUACAUCCUGAUUCUGUGUGUCAAACUGAUCAUGCAGCAUAUAAUCGGCAUUUCUGUUGGAAUUGGGCUGCUAACAACUUUUAUGUAUGCAAACAAAAGCAUUGUAAAUCAGGUUUUUCUAAGAGAACGGUGCUCCAAGUUGCACUGUGCAUGGUUACUGGUAUUCCUAACUGGAUCUUCUCUUCUCUUGUAUUAUACCUUUUACUCUCAGUCACUUUAUUACAGCUUAAUCUUUUUAAAUCCUACCGUGGAUUUCAUGAACUUCUGGGAGGUGCUAUGGAUCGUGGGAAUCACAGACUUUAUUCUGAAAUUCCUCUUCAUGGGCUUCAAAUGCUUUAUUCUCUUGGUGCCUUCUUUUAUGAUGUCUUUUAAAUCCAAGGGCUAUUGUUAUAUGCUGUUAGAAGAACUCUGCCAGUAUUACCGUAUGUUCGUCCCCAUACCAGUGUGGUUUCGUUAUCUCAUUGGCUAUCGGGAGCUGGAUGGUCUACUAGGGUGGAGUUUUGGGGUAUUGCUGGGUCUACUCUACCUCAUCCUAAAACUUUUGAGCUUCUUUGGACAGCUCAGAAACUUUAGACAGGUUUUGCGGAUAUUUUUUACACGACCACACUAUGGAGUGACAGCCAGCAAGAGACAGUGUUCUGAAGCAGACGAUAUUUGUGCCAUCUGCCAAGCAGAAUUUCAAAAGCCUAUUCUUCUCAUAUGUCAGCAUAUAUUUUGUGAAGAAUGCAUCUCUUUAUGGUUUAAUAGAGAAAAAAUAUGUCCACUCUGCAGGACUGUUAUUUCAGACCAUGUUAACAAGUGGAAGGAUGGAGCCACUUCAGUGCAUCUACAAAUUUAUUAAAGCAUGUAAAAAAUUUUAGUUUCAAAAUUCACAUUUGUUCAGAUUAAGGUUUUGCAAUGUAAUAUGGAUAUUUUUGUAUAGCUGGUAAAGAGAAUGGGUUUCUAAGAUCAGAAGUACCUAAUAUUUUUAAGCAUGUCUAUUAAAUAUUCCAAUAUUUGAGCUUAAGACAUAGCACAGAAAUUUAAAAUAGCCUUUUAUAGUGAAAAAUCUUGCAUUUUAGAGUUAAUAUACAAAAUAUAGCAUUACUUUGGAUAUUUUUUCAUAACUUCAGAGAAAUGUUCAAAUCUUUGAAAGUGCUACACUUACUUUCAAGAACUGCUGCACUGUGUAUUUUAUAUGAAAUUUUAAAUGGCUUGCAGUAUUCCAGAUUGUAAUACAUUGCUAUUCUUCUUCUUUGACAUUACCAAAUACAGCAACUAGAUAACUUGGGCUAUGAUCUUGAAAUAGUGAGUGCCCACAGCUUCUAGAGAUGACAGUGAGAACUGCAACCUGCCACAAUAAGUCAAGGCCUUUUGACAUGAAGUCUAACAGGUCAGAGAAAUAAACUACUCUCUUAAGUGACCUCUGCAAUAUUAGCUAUUUUUCUUGAUAUUGUGGAAUGAUCCAUCAAGA